AUGGCCUCCUCAGGGUAUUCCUCCGACGCCACGUUUUUCGUUGAGUCCGACGAGCCUGGCUUCCAGCGCAUGAGCCUGCGCGAUGCUGCCAAGAUGAUCGCCCGGAACAAACAGGAGAUGAUUGCCAACGAGCUCUCGAGGUUGGCUUGUGAUGAAUAUCUGGAGGACAUCAUGAAGCAUAUCCACCAGAUGGAGGAGGAGACUCUCCCAGAUGCGAACCUGAUCGACAUGCAGCGUGAGAUACAAUGGUUUAUGCGACCCUAUCUCAUCGACUUCCUGGUCGAGGCACACGCUGCAUUCGCCCUGUUGCCCGAGACCCUCUUCCUCACUGUCAAUCUCCUUGACCGGUACUGCUCAAAGCGUGUGGUGUACAAGCAGCACUAUCAGCUGGUUGGCUGUGCCGCCCUUCUUAUCGCUGCGAAGUACGGAGACAAGAAGGACAGAGUGCCCCAGAUCAGUGAGCUAAAUAACAUGUGCUGCGGGCUUUACGAUGCCGGAAUGUUCACCCAGAUGGAGAUGCACGUCCUCAAUACCCUGGACUGGAACAUCGGGCACCCAACUGUUGACUUUUUCCACAAGUUGGUUGUAGCUGAGGAACGGGACAGCCGAGAGGUGGCACACAUGGCUCAGUACAUUUGCGAGAUCGCUCUCUACCAUCGUGACUUUGUUUCCACGAAGCCAUCUGUCAUGGCCAAGGCGUCUCUUGCACUCGCUCGUGCCAUCCUGGGCAAGCCUGAAGUUAACGAUGGCGAGUGGAACCAAGCUGAGAAUGCGACAGUGUUGGCGUUGUCCCAACAUCUGCAUACCCCUUCGGUCACGCUUGCCAGGAAGUUUGCCAGCAACACUUACUCGAGAGUAUCGACUAAACUUGCCGACUUCCUUGCCCAACAGGCUGCCAUCGCUCGCCGUGGUGUUCCCCCCUCUCCUCCUUCAGAGCACAAUCACUCAAAUAAGUCCACUGAUGUGUACAGCACCCCGCAUAAGGGCUUGGGUGCUGUUCCUGGUGUUGCAGAUGGCUACAUGACUCCCCCCAUUACUCCCGAUGGCGGCAUCGCAAACAAUUCGAUGGUUAAGGACUAUCAACUGCCACGAUGCCCAGUCACCCCCACCCCACAGCCAGGUCAGCACGACACGUCAUAUGCCCAACCGCAGUUCCAGCAUCAACACCAACAGCACCAACAGCAACACCAUGUGGUUGGGUCUUCCUAUUUUGAUGGAGCUUCAUCACACAUGUCCUUUUGA